UUUUGUCUUCACGCUACGCGUGGAUCUCUCUCGCUUUGCUUUAGAACGUAUGAAGUCCUCUCCUACAUUGCUCCACCUCAAUUUCCUCAAGCUGCAACAAUGACGCCCGCUUUACAUUUCUUUCAAAAUCUUCAAAGUUCUAUUUGUUCAUGGUGGGUGAAAACCAGUCAAGAAAAACAUGAAUUUUCACGACUCUUCUUCACUCUCUCUGCAGUCUUUGCUCUCUUUUGGUACGCAUGGAUGUUUCUCAAAUUCAAGAAUCGGAGUUCCUUGCCAUUGCCGCCGGGACCAAAAGGACUUCCACUCGUAGGCAACCUUCUUGCUCUUGAUCCCGAGCUUCACUCCUACUUCUCCGGCUUGUCCAAGAUUUACGGCGACAUCCUUAAACUCCGGCUGGGGAAUAAGCUUGGGAUCGUCAUAAGCUCACCAUCCUUGGCCUCUGAAGUUCUCAAAGUCCAAGACGUCACGUUCGCCAACCGUGACGUCCCCGCCGCCGGUCGUAUCGCAACCUACGGAGGUUGCGAUAUAGCAUGGACACCGUAUGGACCGGAGUGGCGCAUGUUGAGGAAAAUAUGCGUGCUCAAAAUGCUCAGCAACACAACUUUGGACUCAGUUUACGCGCUCCGGCGGCGGGAGGUCCGACAGACGGUGGGUCACUUCUACAAUAAAGUGGGGUCGCCGGUGAAUAUUGGGGAGCAGAUUUUCUUGACCAUACUGAACGUGAUAACGAGCAUGAUGUGGGGUGGCACGGUGGAGGGGGAAGAGAGGUCUAGCUUGGGUUCGGAGUUUAGGGAGGUGGUAUCCGAAAUGACUGAGCUUCUGGGGAAGCCAAAUGUUUCGGACUUUUAUCCGGGUCUGGCCCGGUUUGACUUGCAAGGGAUAGCGAAGCAGAUGGAUGGGUUGGCCCGGAGGUUUGAUGGAAUCUUUGAGAGAAUGAUUUAUCAAAGGUUGAGGAUUGAGAAAGUGGGCGGUGACGACUGUAAGGAUUUCUUGCAGUUUUUGCUGAGGUUGAAAGAAGGAGGAGAUUCCAAGACAUCUUUGACUAUGAACCAACUCAAAGCCCUGCUCAUGGACAUGGUGGUAGGUGGGAGUGACACAUCCUCUAACACAAUCGAAUUCGCCAUGGCUGAAAUUAUGAACCAACCAGAACUGAUGAACAAAAUACAGCAAGAGCUAGAAGACGUAGUUGGCGAAAAUAACCUUGUAGAAGAGUCUCACAUCUACAAACUUCCAUAUUUACAAGCUGCCGUCAAAGAAACUCUACGUUUACAUCCAGCCCUACCCCUCUUGAUCCCUCACUGCCCCAGCGAAACCUGCACUGUGGGAGGCUAUACAAUUCCCAAAGGGUCUCGGAUUUUUGUAAACGUUUGGGCUAUACAUAGAGACCCUUCUAAGUGGGAAAACCCUUUGAAAUUUGAUCCGGAGAGGUUCUUGAACACCAAAUGGGACUUCAGUGGAAAUGAUUUCAAUUACUUUCCAUUUGGUUCUGGUAGAAGAAUAUGUGCAGGGAUUCAAAUGGCAGAAAGGAUGGUUAUGUAUUCUCUUGCUACCCUUUUGCAUUCCUUUGAUUGGGUAGUGCCUCGGGGAGAGAAAUUGGAUCUUUCUGAGAAGUUUGGGAUUGUACUGAAAAAGAAAACCCCUCUCAUUGCCGUUCCAACUCCUAGAUUAUCUGAUCCGGCGCUAUAUAUAUGAGUAGCCUAAAGGAUCAUUAACUUGGAUUCCUACUUUCUUUAUAAAAAGAGGGAUUACUAUUAUUAUUAUUGGCAUUUUUUAUCAUUAGAAUUACUCAAAUAUAGAAUUUCACAUAAAGAAGAUUGUGGAUAUUAUUAUUAUUGAUGAAAAAAAUUCAACCUUGAAUAUCUCA